AUGAAUUUGAACUCAAAGAAUAUUGUAAACGUAUCGAUAUUUUCAUCGAUAAAUGCGUUGUAUAUAUUACUAUACAUUUUCAAUCAAACUUUUUUACAAGUUUUAUGUACCUUAUCCAUUUUGUUACUUUUAUUAAGUGGACUUCUUGUGUUUUUACAAGUACAUAAGAUUUCAGAUUAUAAGGAGACUGAUAAAUUAGAAAUUGUAUCAAAAGAAUUAAUAGAAGGAUUAAUAGUGUUUUUAUAUGAUUUUAUAAAUGAUAAAUUAACAUUAAUAAGAAAAUACCUAUUGUGGACGAACAGAAUGGAAAAUGUAACUCUUAUUAUUAUAAUAUAUUCGAUUGGAAACUUUUUGUCAUUUGUAAAUUUUAGCGUUUUAUUUUAUUUAUUAACGUGGGCAAUAUUCUUAUAUAAUUAUAUUAAUAAUGUAUAUAUAACAAAGAUACGUAAAAUUGUUCACCCAUAUUAUGUUGACAUAAAAGAGCAAGCAAAAUAUUUAUUCGAUAAUAUACCAAAACUAAAUCAUAUAAAGAAAAGCAUUUAG